UAAUAUUAGGGAUAAUUGUGCAAUAUGGAUGCCUUCAGCAUCCCUACGAUUCUUGAAAUUGGAACUAUCAUUAUAAGCAUUUAUUGUUCUUUAAAAUUAGUUGCCUAUAUAUACAGAUUCCGUACAAGGUCAGCCAUAUUGCAAGAGUUUCCUUCUGAUCCACCACAUUGGUUUUGGGGUCAUUUGCUUUAUUAUCCUGCUCCAGAUGAUGCUUGUUUGAAGACGAUCCGUGAAAGGACUGCAAGAUACAAUGAUUUUUGUCUAAGUUGGUUUGGGCCUUUAUUGGCAGAUGUAAGCCUUACGUCACCAGAAACCGUGAAACCAGUUCUUAAAUCAUCCAUGCCGAAAGGAAAGCUUUACCACUUGCUCAAACCUUGGUUAGGGGAUGGUCUUCUGCUCAGCAACGGAGAAAAAUGGGCUAGAAAUCGCCGACUACUGACCCCGGCAUUUCAUUUUGAAAUUCUAAAACCUUACUUAAUUAUUAAAAAUACGGCAGCUGAUAUCUGUUGUUCAAAAAUCAAAAAAAUUGCGACAAAGGAUGAAAACUUCGAAAUGUUUUCUGUAAUCACGAUGUUUACAUUAGAUGUUAUCCUAAAAUGUGCUUUCUCCUAUGAUACAAACUGUCAGGAACUUGGGACUGGUCACCCAUAUGUCCAAGCUGUACAUGAACUAAGUAGAACCAUAACUCUAAGGAUUUUGAAGCCUUGGCUUCAGUUUGAUUGGCUCUUUAAUCUGACAAAGUUGGGGAAAGAUUUUAAAAAAAAACUGUGAUUAUGUUCAUAAUGUCGCUGAAGAAAUUAUCUCCAAGAGGCGCAAAGUUCUUCAGAAAGAAGUACCAAAACUUCAGUCCCAAAGGAAGAGGUACACUGAUUUCCUAGACAUUUUGUUAAUGGCAAUGGAUGAGAAUGGUUUGGGGUUAACUGACCAAGAAAUCAGAGCUGAAGUAGACACAUUUUUGUUUAAAGGACAUGAUACUACUGCAAGUGCUUUAUCCUGGACAAUUUUUUCCUUAGCACAGCAUCCAAAAAUACAGAGUCAGGUCCAGAUAGAAAUAGAUGAAUUGUUGUCUGGAAGAAUGACAGAUGACCUUAUGGCAAGCGACCUCAAUGAACUACCCUAUCUCACCAUGUGCAUAAAAGAAUCCCUUCAUCUUCACAGCAUCAUCUCCUUCAUAACACGACAUACAGAACAGGAUUGCAAGGUUCUGGACAAAACUAUUCCAAAUGACACCAUGACCACCAUUUUGAUUUACGGACUUCAUCAUAAUCCAAGCAUUUGGGAAGAUUCUCUAGAAUUUCGUCCGGAGAGAUUCAGUCCAGAAAACAUUGACAAAAUAAACCCUUUUGCUUAUAUACCAUUUUCAGCUGGUCCAAGAAACUGUAUCGGACAGAAUUUUGCCAUGCAUGAAAUUAAAGUUUUAUUGGUGAAAAUACUGAACAGAUUUCACCUUGAACUUGAUCCAAACCAUGAUGUGAAAAAAUUUGCAGGAAUCGUCACAAGAGCCGAAAAUGGAAUAAGAAUGAAAGCUAAACUAAGAAUUCCAAGGCAAUGCACACAUGAAUCUGAUUAGCAGAAUACAAAUUUGCACCCAUCAGUGUUAAAUGAUUGAAGAAUACAUAAAAUAAUUAACAUCAAAUGUGUCACUCUAACAGGCAGAACGAAGAUUCUAUCUAUGCUCCUCUUAUAUUUCAUUUAGCUAUUUUUAAUUUGGUUUAUCAC